CCAUCCUUCUCCCUCUCGCUUUCUCUCUAUGCCAUCACCUUUAAUAUCCAUCCAUGUCUCCCUCCCCAUCUGUCUCUCUCUCUCUCUCUCUCUCUCUCUCUCUCUCUCUCUCUCUCUCUCUCUCUCUCUCUCUAUAAACCUUAAUUUGUGUCAGAGAACUGAAGUUUGCCUUUUGUCCUUUGAUGUAGGGAGAGGAAGGGAAUGCCCUGUCUCUCUUUUGUGUCAGAAGCAAAUCCGAAUACAACACACCUCACCAACCCGCCAAAGCUUCCUCAGUUCCCAAGAAAGAAAUAUAUAUAUAUAUAUAUAUAUAUAUAUAUAUAUAUUCCUCAACUGAAAACCCUAAUACUUCCCUCUUCUCCCACCCAUCCCCUUCUUCAAUGACUGCAUCAAGGAGAGAGAUUAUCACUUCAAGUUCAUCACCCCCACUAAGAACAAGGUUUGCUCUCAGAUUCCUCAAAAACCUCAUGAAGAUAAAGAAAUCUACGCCUCUGGGUCAUUCUUCUUCCUUGCCGUCAUCUUCGUCCUUGGAGAUCCGAAGACGCACCCAGCUGAUAAAGCUCGCGGCGUACUCUUCCAUGGCUCGAGCUGUGGGCUCAAGAAGGGUGUGGAGCCGGGCCCUCAUUCUGAAGCUCUCUGCUGGGAAAAGGAUCGGCCAUAGAUCGUCAAUAUCAUUAUCGGCGAGGAGUAGUCUGAGAUGCUUAGGAAUGAAGCGGAAGAGAUCAAAGACGGUGACUAAGAGGUUCGCCGCGAAGAAGCGGCAAUUGGAGGGGCCGUGCCCUGGAGUCGUUGAGCUACAGCGGCUCGUGCCUGGUGGCGAGUCGAUGGAUCUUUGUGGCCUUCUGGAGGAGACGGCUCAUUUUGUUCAGUGCCUUGAGACCCAGGUUAGGGUCAUGAGAAGUAUUGCAGAUCAGCUCCCCUGAUGAGAAGAUAUAUAUAUAUAUAUAUAUAUAUACACCGAUCGAGAAGAUUAUGAACUGCUAUAUAUAUACAAACACCCCCCCGGAGUUAUAUUAGGCAAAGUUGGCGUAAUCAGACACAUAUAUAGAUAGAGCAUACAGUUACGAAGAGAGCUUAUAAGGUGAUUUUGUAUUGAUCGGUUUCAUGUACAGAUACAUAUGUAUGAUAUGUUUUACGUAGACACGGUACGCGUGCAUUAGACAUACAGAUACUCGAAAGCCAUGUAACUAGCUACGUUGUGUGAUAGAGAGCACACAGGAAUAUUAUCGAACUUUAUAUUUGCUAAACCCGGAAAAUUAUAAGUUUCUUAGUUUAAGUUCUCUCAA